AAAUACUACAACACCAUGCUCCGUGUUUAACUGAACUUUUUAUCUUAAACGCGGUUUUACUAUAUCACUACUUUGUAAGAAUGUGAAUGGGAUAUUAUGCAAACAGGAAGUUUAAAAAAUACAUUAGGCUACACUUUUAAAAAUGAGAUAUUUUUUUGCAAUGAGUUUUGUUUGGAUGAUAGUAUUGCUUAACAUAAAAGAUGCAGAAUGUGAAAGUAGUGUGCAGGAUCCAAGUCUUGUUUUAUCUCCAGCAAUGGUCGAUGAACACAGUCCGCAAACAAUGAUAUGUCAAUGCAAAAGUAAUCUUAGCAUUGCAUCAGUUUCGUGGUAUGCAAAUGAUUUAAUUCAAGGUGCUUUAAGAGUUAACGGAUCAUGCCUGAAACUGUUUUGGAGUAAUGAAAAACUUCACAGCUAUUCAUGUGACGUUAUCAAGAAGACUUUUAAUCUCACAAUCAUGAAUGUGAGGAGAAGUAACAGAAGUGAUGUGUGGAGAUGUGGAAUUGCUUUUAGUGGGUUAAUUGAACGUGGAAGGAGUAAUGUUGUUAAACCGGCAUUAAAAGUUCCAAUCACACUGGUUCAGAUAAUAACCCAUCAAACAGAAAAUGUAAUAACCAUCGAAGAGAGUGUGUCACAUCAGUUCAAAUGUGUCACAUCUGGAGGGCUACCAGAACCAAUAGUAAAAUUUUACAACGAUUCUAGAACGCCAAAUGAUACCAGUGAUGAUAUAGAGAUAACUGCAACAGUUAUUUCAGCAUAUAGCCAGUCUUAUGAUGAUCUGAUAAUAACAACAAGUGUCUUGACAAUCAUAACCUCAAAGUUUGACGAUCAAAUCAGCAUAUACUGUUCAGCAUACAGCUCCCCGGACCAGACACCAUUAUAUUCUGCUCGAAAACUAACGCUCAAUGUCCUACAUGGUCCAGAUGGUCCAGCCGUAAUAAUAGGAUUAAAAAAGGGUGUUCCAUACCGUGUAAUAGAGAACAGACAAGGACAACUUACGUGUGUUAUCACAGGAGGAAACCCCUUACCAACAUUAACAUGGACCUGUUAUACUAUAGGAACAGCAGAUAAGGUUGAUGAUAAGACAGUAUCAAAGACAGCUAGAUGGACAGCAGUUCGUGGGCCAGACCUAAAGUGCACGUGCUACUAUUCUCAUCCGACGAAAAGCGGAUACAUAUCAAUACAAGUUCAGACUUUGUACCCACCGAAUAAGCCAAUAUUUCACAUAAAGUCAACAGAAGUAAAUGGUACAAUACAGAUCUUUAAGCACAAUCAAAUCUCGAUAACUUGUUCUAGCUCCGGCAGACCUGACGAUAUAGAAUAUUCAUGGUCCUCAAACACAGGAACAACGUUUGGUGAUGUAAUGACUGUAAACAGAGUAGAAAAUAAUGGCCAGUAUAUAUGUUAUGCAAAGAACUUUUUAGACCAAUCAGAUGGUGAAGUUAUUGUAGGUUCUAAUUCAUCGUCAAUAACCAUUGAAAUGUUGUAUCCACCAGAAGUAAAAAAUAUGCAAAAUCAAAAUAUUUUAGAAGGAGAUACUCUGUCAUUCCCUUGUCCUGUAACAGUUGGUAACCCUUCAAUGACAUCAUUCAAGUGGACAACAUCAAAUGAUACUAGGGUAUGGAACACGCAGAUCCUAACAAUUGUUAAUGUGUCGAGAAAUGAUGCCAUGCUUUAUUCGUGUGAGGUCGCAAACGUUAUGAAAGAAACUGGGAAAUUACUACAAAUAUCUGUUCCUGACAGUAAAACAUUCUUUUUGAAUGUCAUAUAUGGAACAACUAUAAAUGCCUUUUUUGUUGCUCGAUUUGCCAAUAUAAUGUCAGUAACAGUUAACGAAACAGAAAAUGUGCAUUUGCAUUGCAAUGCGGAAAGCAACCCUAGAUCUGAUAUUGUCAUUAAAAAUCAAACAGGGUAUGCCAUGAAAUCAGGUUCUGAUGUGAACAAUUUAAACCAUUUACUGUUAUCAGUUACCUGUCUCGACGCUGGAACUUACACGUGCUCAGGAUCAAAUGGCUAUGGUACUAGGGAAUCAAUGGAACAAUUAACUCUAUAUGUAAAUUGUGCACCAAUGCUGUCUCCAAAGCUACAAAUAAAAACAGCUAUAAGGACUGCUGAGCACAAUUCUGCAGUAUUAACGUUUAGGACAGUCGCUUAUCCAAAGCCCUUUAAAGAAGACUUUUUAUGGUUUAGGUGGUAUAAUAAUGAAUGGAAACCCCUGAAAAAUAACCAAGCAUUUCAAAUAGACAUUGAAGCUUUAGAGUCAAAUUUAACUGUUUAUAACGUGAACAAGACCGUUUAUGGAAUAUACAAGAUCAUUGUUAAGAAUACUAUGGGGCAGUAUGAGCAGAUGUUUCUUCUACAGCCUGAUGAGAGCCAACUUCAAAGCAGUUGUCCCGAAUCAAAGUCUAUCAUUACUGGGGUUGUUCUAGGAGUAGUUAUCGCUGCGCUGGCACUAUAUGCGGGUUAUCUUACUUUUUUGUUAAAACGAACAGGUUUUCAUGAAGGUCCAGCACAAUCCAGGAAUCCAACCGAUAAUAUGUAAGUUUUAAAAUAUCUACAGACAUCAACUAUGUCACACAUAAACCGAU